UCGUGUCGCCGACAUCGAGAACAAGCCACGGCGAAUAGCCAAGUACCUAUCACUUAAAACAUGAGCGAUGGCAUAAAUGACUGGAUUGUCCCUGACAGCGAGGACGAAGACGGCUUCCAGCCUCUUGUAGUUGCCGACCAGAGCGUCCCCUUGAGCAGGAGCUCGUUUUCUGCACACUCCACAAGUAUUUCACAGGCAUCAGUCAUUCAGACUGCCUCAUUGUUUUCCAGUCCAGCGCGGACCCCCCGACGAGUACAUAAUUCCCUCGACAUUAAUGAUUCUCUGUUUACGCCACCUCCUGGGUACCAAGAUUCUGACUCACCACAUGCUUCUCCAUCACUUCCUCGAGACGUGGAAACGUCUGUACCCAAGUCAAAGCCGCGUCCACGACCCGGGCCGCGAAAGUCUCGAGCUACGAACACUAUUUAUGACGACUUCCUCAACGAAGAUGCGUCUCGUGCUUUUGGAUCACUCAUUAGUUCCGCAUCUGCAAUUCCAGCCAGUACCUUAGCUGCAGAUAGUAUCCGCGCUCCGACCACACCUUCUAUCGUCUCAGAACUCAUCGAGGAUGUCAAUCCUACAUUCAUCAUUUCCGAGCGAGCUAAGACGCAGAAAAUGCAGGCAAAGAAUCCGACUUAUCUCCCUCUCGCCCACGAUGUCAUCGAAUUAUCAUCUGACUCCGACCUCGAUGAAAUAUCCCUCAAGCCUCCACGGAAGCGGCACAAAUCCCAAGACAAGCUCGUCAAGCCGAAGCCCAAACCAAAGCCCAAGUCUAAAGCCAGGAAAUCACCAUCGCCUAAGCUUGCCGAACGACUGCCUUCUAUGGCGUCGCACCUCUCGUCUUCUCUUCCGCCUUUACCUGAAUUAUCUUCUUCUCCCUCUUCUCCACCUGUGACGACUCGCAAGCGGAAGAGGGCUCCCCCGCUUGAGCCUGACAUCCAGGGAGAAGAGAUGGACGUAGACGUCUCGCACGGUUCGUUGUCUAUUACAGAGCCUCCUCUAUUCUUCGCACAAUCAUCACCCGUCGUCCUUCCAAUCGAUGACUCACACGUUCUUGAAGAGGAGAACAAGGACGUUGACGCAGACGUCGUUGCUACUGGGACCAAGGGUAGGAAGAAGGACACAAAGUCAUCUACUCGGACAAAGGAGAAGAAAAAAGGUCGGAAGGAGGCUGAUGAAGUCGAGUUCGACGACCUUGCGCACAAAUCCCCUCCGGAUGAGGCAGCUGCAGGUAAUGAUGAUCUCGCAGAAGACGAUUUCAUUGUAGAAGAGGCCCCGAAAGCUACUUCCAAGAAAGGGGCACCACCGAAGCCCAAGCCCGCCGCAAAAAUAAAAUCAAAACCCAAGGGCAAAGGCAAAGUGGUUCUCUCGGAAGGUGAGAACGAGGAGGACGACCCUCCUUGUGCGAAGUCACCUAGCCGAAGUCGCCAUCUGCCUGAGAACGAACUCGAUAAACCUGGAGGUGGCAGCCCCAAGAAGGAUUCUAAAAUUAUUGCAGACUCUGCAACAAUCAAGAAGAAUUCGCCACAAAGUAUAGCUGCCCCGCCAAAGCAGACUCCAUCCAUCGGUCUGAACUCACGCUUCACCAUCAAAUCCAAGUCGAUACCAAUGUCAGAGCUCAUCCGACGUGUCAACUCGCGACCAAAUUCACCAUUCACAAAUGCGCCUACCUACUCGCCAUUGAUGAAAUCUUCGCGAACGAUGCUUUCUCGCAUCGCACCGCUCCACCCCAACCGGCGAACCCCUCCACCAUCUUUACCGAGACCGCCCCCGCCGAAGAAGAGCAAGAAGCAGAUCGAGAUGGAGGAGCGCAUCGAGGAGGAGUUAGCAGAGACUGUUGAGGGAUGGUCGUGUAUGACUGAUGAAGAGAGGAGAAAUUUGCGAAGAGCACGGAUUGAUGCUGAGUUGGGUUGUGAAUGA